AUGGUAGCCUCUCUCUGCAACAAUUUCUCCGUUCCCAGCACCUCCUUCGGUUUUGAAGACCUACUUUCUCAUCCACCAUCUCCUCCUCACUAUGAGCCUGCACCACCUAUAUCCACUUCUCCUAUUUCUACUUCACCAUCUAUGCCUUCCACCCCACCUCCUCCUCCUACUCCUGCUACAUUAGCUCUUAUCACAAUCCCUCCAUCUACUCCCUCUAUCACUGUCUCUCCUUUUGCUCAGCUUCCCCCUCUUCCCAUUUCAAUCACCUUGCCUUCCCCACCUUCUGAUGCUGACAAAAAGGAGGAGAAGGAAUCUGUUUAG